AUGCCUGAAAUUGAUUGGAACUCGGAGAACACUCGGGUGUUGUGUAUGUUAUUUGCCGAACAAGUUGGAAAAGGAAAUCGGCCCAACACACACUUGAAUGCACUUGGGUAUGCUGAGGUUGAGAAAGGGUUCAAAGAAAGGGCUGGAAUAAUGGUUACGAAGGCUCAGAUCAAGAACAAAUGGGACAAGUUAAAGGAAGAUUUUCAAGCUAUGGAUGACGAAUGGUGGAAAAAAGCUAGAGCUGAAAUUCCGGGUUGUGGAAAGUUCAAAAAGAAGGGUCUUGAGAAUGAAGAUGAAUUAGCCAAGUGUUUUUCUAACAUUACUACUAUUGGUAUUGAUCAUUGGUCUCCUCAUGUUGUGAAUGUUGAAGCACCAAAAAAUGUUGAUGAGACACAAGAUGAGGAAAUCAAUUGUGAGCCGCAGGAUGAUGAAUUCAUUCCGGAUACACAAGAGGAGGAUAUUGGUAUUACUCCUCCACCUGCGAGUGGCAAAAGAUUGGCAAGGUCUAUUGAUAGAAGUGGUAAGAAGGCGAAGUCUGGAAAUGCACUCCUAAUUCAGGAAGCAGUAACAAGUAUGGCAAGUUCAGCCAAUGAAUAUGUUUCUAAGAGACAUGGAAAAUAUUCUAUUGAUGAAGUGAUGGAGGUUGUGAUUGCUUGUGGGGCUGGCUAUGAUAGCAAUGAACAUUACAUGGCGUCUGAACUGUUUGUGAAGAAGGAGCAAAGGGAGAUGUUCAUGACCUUGCCUACUAAUGAGAUUAGGUUCAAUUGGCUUAGGAGGAAGUACAAGGAUAAAUAUGAAAAGUAGAAAUUGGCUUAGUGAGAGUGAUAUCAUUUAUGUAUGCUACUAUUUUAUUUUUGUCGCA